UGGAGUUGUCUCCCUGAAACAACCUCAAAGCAGGCGAUACGCGUGUUCGUUUGGAACCGUCCUUAGGACGAAAGGAUUGUUGAACAUAGCUUUCCUGAAAACAGCAGUAACUAAUGGGGAAUUUCCACUGAGAUGAGAAGAAAAAUUGAUAAUUAUCGCAAAUUUUAAAGUCUGUGCUGCAAGCUAUAGUGUGAAAGAACAAGAAUAAGAAUAUCAAAACCUCCAAGAAGCGCCAGAAGAAAAUGGAGAUUCCACUUGUAAACAUUGCUGAUUCUGAUGUGAAACUUUUAUGUGAAGAUGGUGCUAGACCCGCAGACUCAUCAAAUGCUGCUGCUGAUGCAUUUGAUGUGCAAGAAGAAGAAUGUUGGGGUGGAACCACAUGUGCGGUCAGUCAAGGUUUCACAGUUGUAGGAGUGAUGCAGGUUGAUCCCUUAGAAAAAAAAACAUCAUGUCUGUUUGUUGAUUGCGACAGCAUUUCAGGUUUUACAAAUCAUGACAGUAAAUGUAUGAGUGAAGCACGUGCAGAUCAAAGUGACAAAGAUAUGUGUUUAGAUGGAGAACAAGAUCAGUUCCAAAACAUAGAAGAAUGGCUGUCUGGCAGCAUUCAUAACGAAGAAGAAAAGAUUGAUGAAGAGACAUUACCUUUGUGGUCAGGAGAAGCAAGGAAGAAAAGUGAUGAUGACAAAGAAAUGGAACAUAUGCAGAAUGAUGAUUUGUCUGAGUCUUUGGGCGAAUCAUUGUGCGUUCAACACAAAUCUCAUGAUCAGACUUUCAAGAUGGCCGUACGGUCACAGAUUGAGAACACAUCAUUAAACUUAGUGAGAAAUUUAUCAUUACAGCCACUGGUGGCAGAUAUUCUGGCGAAGGACUGUUCGAUGAGAGGUCUUUAUGGAAAAGUAGGCUGUGGCAUUUUCAGUUAUGCUUGCCACACAGUGGAGAGUGUACAGGCUGCACUGUGGACACAUUCUUCUGUAAAGUGGUGCCCAUCAAAUGGUUUCAAUACAGGGGACCUACCAUUAAAGGAAUGCCGUGUAAUGAUAAAGGAUCUCAAGAAUUCUCAAAAAGAAAAUUUGGAAUUGCAUGGUCUACAUGGAGAAUGUGUGACAUAUAAAAAGAUUAAACGGGCCAGAAAAUCCAACUCAUUUAGGAAUUUGAAAACAGAAGCAUUCCUGCCAGAAGUAAGAAAUGCAUUGUACUGGUAGAAGAUAUUGGGAGCCAAUCAGGUAAUCUUUUUCAUAAAAGAUUAAAUAAAAAAUUCUACCCCUUUGUAGAAAACCGUAAGCUUUCUAGAAACGCAGCAGUGAAGUUGGUCAAUACACACACAGCAUCUGUGACCCAUGCUAAAACAGUUCGCAAGUAUCAGAUCAAAGCCAGAUAGUAAAUAUAAAAAGAAACUAGGCUUGCCAGAAUGCUUUGUUAAAGUAGAAGAUGUUCAAAGACAAUCAGAUUCAAGUUCCUUUUUUAAAAAAAAAGUACGAAAGGAAUGCUAUCAGUUUCCAAGAAACAAAACUCCUGCAUUGCCUAACCUAGAAUAUUUUAAGGACCCUCAUUUAAAGGAAUGCUCUGUGUUAGUGGAGCAUGCAAAACUAUCGCAGGUUUCUUCAAGAAAGAAAACUGGUCAUAAAACUACCACAUUGUUUAACGAAGAAGCGCUGCAGAAGAAGUGUUUCGUCUUGUUGAAAGACAUUUUGAGAACAGAAUCACUCAGAAAGAAACGACCACCAAAGCAAAGCCAUAAAUUGUAUGCAGACAAAUUUGGCUUCAUUUUCAGAGGUGGUGCUUCUAAAGUACUUAUUAAGCUUCAGGGUUUGUCAGCAAACGAAGGCACUAAAGUAGGUCAGGCUAGAAUGCCAAAAUUAGCUCCUCACAUCUCAAUCCCUCAUUUCACUAAGAUGGCAGGAGUGACCGACAACUUGAAAAAUACUGACACAAGAGAAUGCUCUGUUGUUCUGGAGAAAUCAGGUAUUACCAGCCUUCAACCUCAGAGUUUGCUGCUUAAAAAAGGGGUCAAAACAAAUCAGGCUAGAAUGCCAAAAUCCGGCCAUCCUAUCUCAAUACCUCUUCAUACAAAAACCACAGGAAUGAGAGAUAUCCUGAAAAAUAUUAACUUGAGAGAAUGCUCAGUUGUUCUGGAUCGGAUGCACGAGAUGCUGUAACAUUCCCCAGAUUCUGAAAAGAGAUGUGAAGUCACAAUAUGCAAAAGGUAGACAUGGGCUGUUCCUGCUUUGUAGGUGUUUUGUGGCUCUGGGAGAUGUAAAUGUGUGGCAGCUUAAAGAACGUUCUUUCAUUGGUUGACUUUGUCACAUAUCAUUCAUUAGGAGCAAGAACAUAGUUGUGUGCUUGUUACAUUGCUUAAAACUUUCAACACUUUGUACAUGUAGACUGGGGAGACUUUGUAGCCUUGUGAUUAAUAGAGUUAGCUUGGAGCAGAAGGCCUAUCCAAGACUGGAAAACUCUUCCAGCAGAAAUUGAUGCACCAUUUCAGUAAAGGUAAAGCCAGAUGGUCAUGCUCCAUUUUUUCACUUGCCAUGCCCUGGAUGUACUAAUUCAAUUGUAAUUUUUCCCUGAAGCCACCAGACUCAUACAUCUGACUUUUUUUUCAUUGUUAAACAUGUCUGUAUGGGUAUAAAUUGCAUUCAAGUUGUUUAUCUGAUGAUAUGGUAUUUAAGCCAGCAAAGAGAACUGAAUUCAUCUAGACACAAUACUUAGUCUAAAAUCUGGACUUCUUUCACUAUGAUUGCAUGUGCUGAUCCAGAUGAAUUGACAAGACAGUUUGUCAAGUUUCCAAAUUUUUCUAAAUGCAAGAUAUGUUACUCAUAAAAAUAAAAAUGGGUGGUAGAAGUUCAUAAGAAAUAAGUAUAUUGAUUCUUGAUACAAGGGGGUACAAAAAGCUUACAAUGGAUUUAGAUUAUCAAGAAACGCUGGUUCAUUGAGUAAUGGCAGACUACUUUUGAAUUAUCUCUUUAUUAUUUGAGUGAAAUAUUAUCUAAGGAUUGUACAUAUUGAGAUUUUCAUCAGAAUA